UAUAUUUUAAUAGGAUCAGAAAAAAUGUUAACGCGUACAAAAAGCUACGAAAUUGAUAUGGAUGUAGAUAGUGAAACGCGCGCUCUUGAGCUGCCGUCCUCAAGGCCGUGCAGAAAUCGAAUGCGAGCCUUACGCAAAGGAUUUCUCCAGGCAUAUCACACAUAUAGUGAACAUACAUCCAUACAUGGCAUACGAUACAUCGCAGAACAUCGACCCCUGAAAGAGCGUAUCUUUUGGGCCAUUGCUUUGAUCGCGUCGGUUUACUACUGUUUCAUACUAAUAAACAGCGCCUAUACAAAGUGGAAUGAAACACCGGUAAUCGUCAGCUUCGCAGAAAAGUCUACGCCCGUGUGGAAUAUCCCUUUUCCGGCAAUUACAAUAUGUUCGGAAACAAAACGGAUCCUCAAAAUGGAUGGUCCUACCUUUGCUGACCUGUACAGCCAGAUGAAGGAGGAUAGUAAGGAAGGGCGAGUCUUCAAGCCGGAUAAUAUCAGCGAUAUGGAAAUUGAAGAGUUUCGUACGCUUCUCCACGUCUGCAAUACGCAAAUAAUCGAUCCGAAUAUGCCGCUUUUGCCAGGCGAGGAUAUAUCAUAUUACGAUGUGCUGGAUCGCAUGUUGCCGCCAUUUGAACGAUAUUUCUUCUACUGCCGCUGGUUGAGUCGUUUUAAUGAGUGUGAUAAGUUCUUCAAAAAAACUCUAACGGAGGAGGGGAUUUGCUAUACAUUUAAUGGUUUGCAUUCCACGGAUAUUUACCGUGAAGAUACCUAUCAGUUUCAGAGAGAUGCCAAAAACAAAGUCGACGACCUAGAUGGUAAAAAUACAAGCGCGUUGUAUCCACCAUGGUCAUUGGAGACAGGCUACGCACCCAACAGUGAUGUGGAAACGUAUCCUGCCCGAGUACUCAGUGCUGGUGCACGCUCUGGCAUUUUUAUGGCUCUACAAACAUUUAAAAAGGAGGUGGACUACGCCUGUCGCGGACCAGUGCAAGGUUUCAAAGUACUUCUGCAUGCUCCAGAUGAUGUGCCUCAGGUAUCGAAGCAAUUUGUGCGCAUACCCAUGGCUAAAGAGGUGCUAAUUGCAGUGAAGCCGAAUAUGAUCACCACAUCAGAAGGCAUUGCCGAAUACCAUCCAUUAAGACGUCAAUGCUUUCUAAGUCAUGAGCGUACAUUGCGUUUUUUCAAGGUCUACACACAGUCCAAUUGCCAGUUGGAAUGUUUGGCUAAUUUUACACUCGCGAAAUGCGGCUGCGUUAAGUUUUCCAUGCCUCGUACUCUGGAUAUGCCAGUUUGCGGAGAAGAUAAAAUUUAUUGCUAUGAUCGCGCUGAGCGCAAACUAUUAGUGCGUGAAUUUCAUCGUCUGCGAGAUCUUAACGCUGCUGAUGGAGUUCAGCGUGGAGAGGAAAUGGCUUGCAAUUGCAUGCCCGCCUGCACUUCGCUGGUAUACAAUACGGAAAUCUCGCAGGCCAAUUUCGAUUUGGAAGAAAUGUUGAUCGCUGAUGGAGAUACGGAAUUUCUACGUGAAUAUCCCGGCUCACAAAUGUCACGUUUAUCCAUUUACUUCAAGGAGAGCCAGUUUAUAACUUCGAAGCGUUCAGAACUAUAUGGCGUAACGGACUUUUUGGCUAAUUGCGGGGGCAUUUUCGGCUUAUUUAUCGGAUUCUCUUUGCUCAGUCUUGUGGAAGUUUUGUACCAUUUCACGCUGCGUUUCUGCUGGAACGUAAAAAAUUUUAUGAAAAUGGAAAAGUAGGUAUUUUGAAGCUAUUUUGUAAUUUAAUAUGUAUAAAUAUUAAAUUUAAUCAGUAUAUAAAAAUACAUACCAAGAGGGAGUCAUCCCCAGUGCCCACACACCCAA